ACGUGUUGAAACAAACAAAAUGGCUCUUGAAGAAGGUAUACGACAUAAAUCAGGCCCACUAAAACAGCAAAAUAAAACACACAAACACGGACGGCACAGGAGCAAGAGCGAGGUUGAUAAGACUAACAAAGGCCGUGUUGGAAUCAAAGUGAUUUCAAAGAAAGUUCGCCAAGCUGUUGGGAAAACCAAUCGUAGACACCAGGCUAAACAGAUAAGAGUUAAAAGAAGAGAGGAAGUAUUGGAACAAAAGAGAAAAACAGGGAAGCAAGGAAGCCCUCCUCAUCUUAUUGCAAUUGUUCCUCUGUCAUCCAAUUGCGAUGUUGACCAAGCUCUUAAAUUGCUCACUGAGUGUGACAGCGAUGGCUCCCUCUGUUCCACAAGAAACACUACCACCCUUGUUUCACAGCAGCUGAAGCAGCGAUUUUCUUUUCUUCCAUUGAAGUAUGGGGACCUGUUUGCAGUUUUGGAUGCAGCAAAGGUUUCAGAUUCUCUUCUGUUUCUUCUGAAUGCCACUCAUCCACUGGAUUCCUUUGGUGACAAAUGUCUAUCCUGUAUAUUUGCACAAGGCUUACCAACAUCAUUCCUUGGGGUUCAGGGUCUGGAGGAAGUGCCAUCAAAGAAACGAAAUGAUGUAAAGAAACACAUACAAAAGAUAGUAGAAAAGAGAUUUCCCAGGGAUAAAAUUCACAACCUUGAAUCCUCACAGGAUGCUCUUGUAGCACUGAGAUUGAUAUCCAAUCAGCAUCAAAGAGUCAUCCAUUUCCGUGAUAUACGUCCCCACCUUUUAGCUGAAAGUACAACAUUUGAACCCAACAGUGAGGUGACAGAUGUCCCCAGGGGCACCCUGAAGGUGUGUGGUUUUGUCAGAGGGAAGAACCUUUCAGUGAACAGGCUGGUUCAUCUGCCGGGAUAUGGAGAUUUUCAAAUGUCACAAAUUGAUGCUCCCGCAGACCCAUUUCCGUGGCAGAAAAGAAAAAGUCUUCAGGUUUUAGAGGGGAAUCAAUGGCUGUGGAUACUGAGGAAGGAACAACUUCCAUGGAUGAAGACAUCAAGCUUAUAGCUCGAGCUGACAUAGCCUUUCAGGAAUCACUUCAGUCGGAAGUCGAGCCUGACCCGAUGGAAGGGGAACAAACAUGGCCAACUGAUGAAGAGCUGAGGGAAGCGGAAGCAGAGGCCCGCCAAGAAAAGAAAGUUGUGAAGAGGGUGCCCAAAGGAACCUCUGACUACCAGGCCGCAUGGAUCACAAAUAGUGAUGAUGAAGAAGGCCCGGAUGAUGACGACAACGAUGAAGAUGACGACGAGUUUGAGG